UGCGGGAGAGGGGGUGGGGCGACGGCUCUGGAGGCAGCGCGCCCGCGGGUUGCUUCGUUGUGGCUCGUCAGGCUCCCGUGGCGGCGGCGGCGUUUGCCUCGGUGUCUCCCGCGCGCACUCCAGCCGCCUCCUAGCGGCGCGGCGCCCUUUCCUACGCCUAAAAUGACGAAUGUGUGAUCUCAGUGGAAUAAAUGGCGUCCAAAGUCACAGAUGCUAUAGUGUGGUAUCAAAAGAAGAUUGGAGCAUAUGAUCAACAAAUAUGGGAAAAAUCUGUUGAACAAAGAGAAAUCAAGGGGUUAAGGAAUAAACCAAAGAAAACAGCACAUGUGAAACCAGAUCUCAUAGAUGUCGAUCUUGUAAGAGGGUCUGCAUUUGCUAAGGCAAAACCUGAAAGUCCAUGGACUUCUCUGACUAGAAAGGGAAUUGUUCGCGUUGUAUUUUUUCCCUUUUUCUUCCGGUGGUGGUUACAAGUAACAUCAAAAGUCAUCUUUUUCUGGCUUCUAGUCCUUUAUCUUCUUCAAGUUGCCGCAAUAGUAUUAUUCUGUUCCGCUUCUAGCCCACAUAGCAUACCUCUGACGGAAGUGAUUGGGCCGAUAUGGCUGAUGCUGCUCCUGGGAACUGUGCACUGCCAGAUUGUUUCAACGAGAACACCCAAACCUCCGCUAAGUACAGGAGGUAAAAGAAGAAGGAAAUUAAGAAAAGCAGCCCAUUUGGAAGUACAUAGGGAAGGAGAUGGUUCUAGUACCACAGAUAACACACAGGAGGGAGCAGUUCAGAGCCACGGUACAAGCACCGCUUACAGCGUUGGCGCUGUCUUCAGAGAUCUCUGGCAUGCUGCUUUCUUUUUAUCGGGGUUUGUAUUUAUUCAAGACUUCAUAUGGCAUAGAAAUGCACUAUCCCUUUUCUGGCACUCCAGUCUCAGAUCAAAGAAAGCAAAAAAUUCAAUUGAUAAAUCAACUGAGACUGACAAUGGCUAUGUAUCCCUUGAUGGGAAAAAGACUGUUAAAAGCAGCGAAGAUGGAGUACAAAGCCAUGAACCUCAGUGUGAAACUCUUCGACCAGAAGAGGCAACCUGGAACACAGGAACACUGAGGAACAUUCCCAGCAAAGAUACCCAAAGGACAAUAACGAAUGUCUCUGAUGAAGUCUCCAGUGAAGAAGGUCCAGAAACAGGAUACCCAUUGCGCCGUCAUGCAGACAGGACUUCUGAGAGCAUUCUUCGGAAUAGAAAGUCACACCAUUAUAAGAAACAUUACCCUAAUGAGGAUGCCCCUAAAUCGGGUACUAGUUGCAGCUCUCGCUGUUCAAGUUCCAGACAGGAUUCUGAGAGCACAAGGCCAGAAUCUGAAACAGAAGAUGUAUUAUGGGAAGACUUGUUACAUUGUGCAGAAUGCCGAUCAUCUUGUACCAGUGAGACAGAUGUGGAAAAUCCUCAAAUUAAUCCAUGUGUGAAAAAAGAAUAUAGAGACGACCCUUUUCAUCAGAGUCAUUUGCCCUGGUUCCAUAGUUCUCACCCGGGAUUAGAAAAAAUAAGCGCUAUUGUAUGGGAAGGCAAUGACUGCAAGAAAGCAGACAUGUCUGUUCUUGAAAUUAGUGGAAUGAUAAUGAACAGAGUAAACAGCCAUAUACCAGGAAUAGGAUACCAGAUUUUUGGAAACGCAGUCUCUCUAAUCCUGGGUUUAACUCCGUUUGUUUUCCGACUCUCCCAAGCUACAGACUUGGAUCAACUCACAGCACAUUCUGCUUCAGAACUUUAUGUGAUUGCAUUUGGUUCUAAUGAAGAUAUCAUAGUUCUUUCUAUGGUUAUAAUAAGUUUUGUGGUUCGUGUGUCUCUUGUGUGGAUUUUCUUUUUUUUGCUCUGUGUAGCAGAAAGAACUUACAAACAGCGAUUACUUUUUGCAAAACUCUUUGGACAUUUAACAUCGGCAAGGAGGGCUCGAAAAUCUGAGGUUCCCCAUUUCCGAUUGAAGAAAGUACAGAAUAUAAAAAUGUGGCUCUCUCUCCGGUCCUAUCUUAAGCGUCGAGGUCCUCAGCGAUCAGUUGAUGUCAUAGUUUCAUCUGCUUUCUUGUUAACUAUCUCAGUUGUAUUUAUCUGUUGUGCCCAGUUGCUUCAUGUACAUGAGAUCUUCCUUGAUUGUCACUACAAUUGGGAACUGGUAAUCUGGUGCAUCUCGUUAACACUUUUUCUCCUAAGAUUUGUUACCCUUGGAUCAGAAACAAGUAAAAAAUAUAGCAAUACCUCAAUAUUACUUACUGAACAGAUAAACCUCUACUUGAAAAUGGAGAAGAAACCUAACAAAAAGGAGGAACUGACACUAGUGAAUAAUGUUUUAAAACUGGCUACUAAACUGCUAAAGGAAUUGGACAGUCCCUUUAGAUUAUAUGGGCUUACAAUGAAUCCACUGCUUUAUAACAUCACCCAGGUUGUCAUCCUGUCAGCUGUUUCUGGUGUUAUCAGUGACUUACUUGGAUUUAAUUUAAAGCUUUGGAAGAUUAAAUCAUGACAAUUCAGAGAAAAGAAGAUGUAGCCUCUUUUCCAGAAUAAGAGUACCAACUAAGCUGCCUGAAAGCAGUCACUGACUCUUUGCUUCAGGAGUCUCAGCUGGGAAAUUGAAGUGUUUACAUCAGACUGUCCUGUGCAAUUCUUAUAUUUAUUUCACUUGUUCACUGUUUUUUACAUUUAUUUUAGUCUUUAUAUUUUAUUUUUAGCUUUGAUGUACUUACUUGUUGAAAGGGUGAUAAAACUGAUAUCCAGAUACUUGAGAUCCUGGUAAUUGCUCAUAAAUAAUGACAAAAUAACAAAUCGUGAGAAGAGAAGCCAUUGCUAAGCACUGUUUCUCCGUCAAUGCCGUGACUUGCCUUACUUGAGGAAAACUUCUUUAACCUUAUAACCUAGCAUUGGACUCAGCUAAACACAUAAAGCAUUUUCUUCAGUAAAUCAAGAUCCAGUCAGGGUUUCUUUUGAAUUAUUUUGGAACAAUGCCAGGAUCUAAACUGAUUAAGCUGCAGUUUAAGCACCCUUCGGUAUUAAUAUAUAUGGUAUUACACAACAGGUCAACAAGUGCUCUUUGAUGAUAAAACUCUUAAUAGAGCAAUAAUUGUAAAUGGUUACCAUACUGUAAGAUAUUUUGAUAAAAAUUAACUAGUAAUAAUUGUAUUUAUUUGAAACACUGGGCUGUUUGCACAGCUCCAACUGUGCAUGCUCAAAAUGUGCACUUUUUAAAAUUGUUACUUUUAAUGCGUAUCUUUAUAUGGGAUAUGUUAUAGUGUACUAGGGCAUGAUAUGGUAUCCUUUUGAGUGAGGUAUAUGCUCAUCUCACAAGUGAAGUGCCUAUUGAUAUUACUAAAGUACAUUAUGUUUACUCAAGUAAAAUAAUUUUCUCCCUAUGGUACACUAUAGUGUAUGCUAUUCAUACCACACUCAAAUGAACAACUUAAGAAUAAGGUUAAGGACCAGUUAAAUAUUCUUCUGAUUGUUAGUUGUAAAACUGUAUCUGAAUUUUCAGGAAAAAUAGCUAUAGCUUGCAAAUUCUACCUUCUAAACUUAGUCUGGUACAUCUACCCCCUCAACCCCCAAUUAUAUAAGGGCUAUUUUAGAUGCUUUUAACCUAGAAAGUUAACCCCCUCCCCCCUAAGUAAUUUGCCAAGUUUCCAAAUGAGAACUUAUCCUGUUGGCAUGUUAGGUAAAUAGAGCGAGUAUGAUGGUAUCUUACAUUGGGCCUUGAUUUUAAGUUGUUAUGUUUGUACAAUCAAGAAAUUUUAGGAGUUAUGUGAAACAUGAAAUGUUUUAGCAAACUUUUUUUUUAAACUGGGUAUCUAGUUUCUAAAACAAAGAAUUUAUUUGAGACAGUCUAGAAUUUUCUUGGUGCAAGGUGUAUCAUGUUGAAUAUCCUCACAUUUUUUACCAUGUUUUUGGGAAUUUAAAAUAAUUAAUUGUAAAUUAUUUAUUUGAUUGGUGCAGUUCUAAUCCCCAAAUCAUCAUCUUAAGAUCAGGAAUGUGUAGAGAACAGAGCCAUAUCGUAAUAUCACUUUGCUCUCACCAUUCCUUUUGAUCAGCCUCAAUUCAGCCAUUGUGUAGUAUAUUUUCUUUCUGUAGAAAACAACAAAAGUAUUUUGUUUUAUUUGCCUGUGUUCUAAUAUGUUUAAUAAUGACCAAAGUGCAUUCUGAGUUUUUUCAAGGAAUGUAUUACUGGAGCUUUAAGAACAUACUUAUUUUCUCCUGUGAAAAAUUAGGCUUUGUCUGAUAUGUUUCUUCUUCCUCUAUUGUCUAAUGUUGAGGUUGUUUCUAGGAAUUAUAUUUUAUAAACUUUUUCGAAAUAAGGUACAUACCUAUACAGAACUUAACAUUUUGCACAGAAUAUAUCGAAUAUAUUUUGAGAAAAAAAAGUACAGCAUGAGUUCUGUUAGGAAUAAAAAUGAAACUGUUGUAUCUCACAGAAAAACUUAUUUCAGAAUGGAAAUAUUUUUGAGAAAAGUAGCUGAGUGAACUGAUUUAGGAAGAUGCUUGUUUUCGACUGAAGUUCAUUUUAACUUAGAGUUGGGAGUUGAUUUAUUGAGUACAGUGUACCUCUCAACAACAUAUUAAUAUGUUGAAUUAUGUCACUAAUGUGGGCAGCAGUAGAAUACUGAAAGGACAAAGUUGUCAUUUUAAGUAAUUUCAGAACAUUAAUGGAACUGUUUUCAAAGCAGAAAAAUUGACAUUGCUGCCUUUAAGAAUACAAUGAAUGUAAGAAAUUGAAAGAAAUUGUAACAUAUCACAUAAUACAGAAAAGGCAGUUCGCAGAUAGAAUUGUGGCAGAUGUUGUGUGUUAACUGUUGUUUCUUUGCCACACAUGUCGUAUUUGAAAGUUUGAACAGCAAGUUUAAAAUAAAACAUUCUAUGACUGACAGUAUUAAACUAGAAGUGUUUUCUUUUUUUCUGAUUUUCAAGUCAUGCACAUUUCUGUGGUAAUUUUAUAUUUGCUGUAGCAUAAACUUUAGGUAUGACUGUUAGAUUUGAGAGGAGUGGGAAUACAUUUUUAAAAACUUUCCAACAUUUCAGUUUUUGUUGAUUCUCAGAACAUGAAAGAAGAAUAUGUGUGCAGGCUUUUCAUCACCAAAAUGCUAUGACAUCAUUAAUGUUUGUUUGCUUGUUUGUUUGUAUUUAAAAACAGAAAACUGGCUGUAGCCUGGGAUAUUAAAAUUAAUUGCCAGAAGGAUAGUGGUGUUUUUAAUCAAGUGAUUUUGCACAUGAAUUCAGCACGAGAGAUUAUGGCCAAUAAUAACAUGGCCACAGAUGAGUGCGUCCGUAAUUGGUGCCUGGCCCUAAAGCAGCCAGCCAUUUUACAGGCCUUGAGGAAUCCAUGAAACCAGCUGACACAAGAGCUUUGCCCCGUAGAGGCUUUGCAUCCUUGACGUUUCUUGGCGCUUCUCGUACCCGGAGACCCUGUUGAUCCUUGUUACAUGCUGACAGCACGUAGAACCAGCUGUGGAACAUUCACCAGCACACCUCUGCUCAUAGGGAUGUACAGAUACAAUAAGGUAAGAUUUGAAGUAGAUGAGAAAGAAAAAGGAACAGCAAGGAGAGGGCCCCACUAGAGCUGGAAAUGAUGCUAAUAGACAAUUUCAUAUUACAGAGGGCAGACGUAGGCUAUGGUAGGCCACAGAUUUGCCUCUAAGCUUCCUAGCACAUCUUAUAUAAAGGAAAAUUUGAUCACGUACCGAAUCUUCAGUGUUUGGGUCAGAAGUUGUGGUGUUUUUCCUAAACCAGGUCCAGAAGGAAUUUUAUCCUGAGGGUGUGUGUACAGGAACAGUGUAUUUUUAUAAAUAUCAACAAUGUCCUUAAAGCAAACCCUCAUUUAGAGUCACAGGGAUGCUUCCGGGAGAGCCCCUCUCUGAAGGCUGAAAAAUUCUUGCCAAAGUGUAUUACUUUUUUUUUUUUUUUUUAAUAAAUUUAUUUUAUUUAUUUAUUUUUGGCUGUGUUGGGUCUUCGUUGCUGUGCACGGGCUUUCUCUAGUUGUGGUGAGCGGGGGCUACUCAUCAUUGCAGUGCACUGGCUUCUCAUUGCAGUGGCUUCUCUUGUUGCGGAGCACGGGCUCUAGGCUCGUGGGCUUUAGUAGUUGUGGCAAACGGGCUCAGUAGUUGUGGCUCGCGGGCUCUAGAGCGCAGGCUCAGUAGUUGUGGCACACGGCUUAGUUGCUCCGCGGCAUGUGAGGUCUUCCCGGACCAGGGCUCGAACCCGUGUCCCCUGCAAUGGCAGGCAGAUUCUUAACCACUAAGCCACCAGGGAAGCCCCAAAGUGUAUUUCUAUAAGAGACACAUAUUGAAGUAUUUGUGGGUGAAAUAAUAUGAACUCUGGGACUUGUUUUAAAAUUCUCCACAGAACAGAGGAAUAAAUAAACAUCUGUUGAAGUGACUAAUCGAAGCAAAAAGAGCAAAAUAUUGGUAAAUAUUGGAGCUGGGUGAUGGGCAAUUGGGAAUUCAUUAAACUCUUGUCUACUUUGAGACAAGAUUGAAUCUGAUUCAUAUGUUUCUUGUCUGUUAUAACAGCUCCUCCUCC